AUGUCUUCGGGUCAAUAUUACACAGAAAAGGAUGCCUUUUUCGUUAACUCAAGUGAAAGUAUAAAAUUUGAAGUCUUACAUUAUCCUCCCGCCAAUAUAAUAUCGAAUAAUCCUCCAAUUUUAUUCAUUCAUGGAUUAAGUCUUGCGGCUUGGAUUUGGGAUAAUUUUUGUCAUUGGUUCUCGUAUAAAGGACAUGAUUGUUACGCUAUGAGUUUUCGAGGACAUGGACAAAGUACAAAGACUCCAAAGAAAGAUAAAUGGUGGUCAGUAAAUGACAUUACAAAUGAUGUAUCAGCCGUGACUGAUGCAAUAAUUGCUAGAACUGGUGAUAAACCUGUUCUCGUUGGACAUUCAAUCGGAGGAGGAAUUGUUCAAAAUUAUCUAAAAAAUAAUCAACAGAAAGUGGCGGGUGGUGUCUUAUUUGCCUCAUUUUCACCGUACAUCUACAAAACAAGUGCCUUCAAAUACACUCGUAAAAUGUUUUCAAAUACGCCAAUUCUUGCUAUCCUCAAAGCGCUAUUUACAUUAAAUCCGUAUGCAUUAAUUGGAACUCCUGAAUUAAUGAAAAGGUUUUCCUUUUCUAAAGCAUUUCCUGAUUCUAUGGCUAAGGAUAUUCAUCCAAAACUCAAAAAGGUUAGUUUUAUCACUGUUUGGAAUGAACUUCUUAAACCUUUUGUUGAACCUUCGAAAAUUAAAUGUCCUAUGAUUGUGAUUGGUGCCGAAGAAGAUAAACUUUUUGAUUUAAAAAUCAUAAAAGAAACUGCUGAAGCUUAUGGUGUUGGUUUUGAUAUCAUUGGAGGUGCGGCUCACAAUAUUAUGUUGGACCUUACAUGGGAGGAUGCUGCUAGCGUAACUUUCAAUAGAAUCCAAGAAAAAGUUGUAAACAAGGAAUUAUAA